AUGGAACAAACUUGGCUUGAAAAAGCGAUAAGAAAAAAACACAUUAAUUUCCAUAAAUAUGGAGAUUUUGAAAAUAUUGAAAUUAUUGGUAGUGGAGCAUAUGGAAGAGUUUCAAAGGCUGAAUGGGUCAAUCGUGAUAUGUGUAUUGCUAUAAAAAGCAUUAAAGUGUUUUCCAAUGCUGAUGAAGAUAUUUGGAAAAAUUUUAUAAAAGAAUUAAAAAAUCAGCGAAAGGUUGAUUACCAUAAAAAUAUAAUUAGGUUUUAUGGAAUUAGUAAAGAUCCAACGCUCGGCGAGUAUUUAAUGAUUCUCGAGUAUGCGAAUCAAGGUACUUUGCGCAAUUAUUUACAAACCCCAGAUAGAAUAAAGAACUGGAGCAUUAAAUCUAAAUUUGCGAAAGAACUAACAAGCGGAAUGAAAUGUUUACAUGAAGAGGGAAUAAUUCAUCGAGAUUUACACUCGGACAACGUUUUAGUUCAUGAUCAUACUAUCAAAAUAGCUGAUUUAGGUUUGUCAAAACAACUCGCUGAAAUGUCACAUGGAAUAAACGAGAUUAAAGGAGUCGUACCUUACAUUGAUCCACAAGCAUUAAAAAAUAACGAAUACAAACUAGACAAAAAAUCAGAUGUGUAUAGCGUAGGAGUUUUGCUUUGGGAGAUAUCAAGUGAACGUCCUCCUUUUGAAAAGUCAACAAAUAAAGUAUCUACAAUGUUAUCAAUUGUGACUGGGAAUAGAGAACAGCCAGUGACUAAUACUCCCUUAGAAUAUCAAUCUUUAUACAUAAAAUGUUGGGACGAUGAUCCAAAAAAAAGACCAUCAAUGAAAGAUGUUUCUGAGAAAUUAAAGAAAAUGAACCUUAAUCAUAAAUCACAACUACCAUCACAAUCAUUUUGCUUGACACCAAGUAUAUCAAGUGAUAAAAUAACGAGUUCAUCAUCUAGUUAUAUUAAUGAUUUUAGUGUAUCUAUUUCAGAUGAAUUAGAAGAAAUUAAAAAAAUGGCGGAUGAUAAAAUCAAUAAUAAAGAAAAUAAUAAUACACAAGGUUCUAAGGAAGAUAAUGAAAAAAUUAUUAUAUCGGAAGAAGAUGAAAAAUUUUUAAAUAUUUUAGUCACAAUUUUUGUGAAUAGUAUAAAUAAUGGUGAUGAAUAUUAUCAAACAGCAAUAAGUCUUUUUUGUUUUAUUGAAGAAAAUAAUAAAGAUCCUACUGAUAUCCUAAAACUAUUAAAUUUAACUCAAGCAAUCGAACAUCAUUCAUGUAUUAUUGGACUAUGUUACCUAUGUGGUUAUGGAACUGUCCUGGAUAAAACUCAUGCGUUUAACUUUUUCAAAACAUCUGUUGAAAAUGGUAAUUCAAUGGGUUAUUAUUUUCUUGGACAAUGUUAUUUAUUAGGAAUGGGAACAAACGUGAAUUUAAAAAUGGCAUACUCAUCAUUUUUGAAAUCAGUUGAAAGUGAAAACAUUGCAGGAAAAUGUUUACUUGGUUAUUGUUAUCAAAUGGGAUUUGGUACUGAAAAAGAUGAUGAAAAAGCUGUAGAAUGGUAUCAAAAAUCAGUCCAAGAAGAUAAUUCUAUGGCGAUGUGUAAUCUUGCAUAUUGUUAUCAAUAUGGAAUUUAUCUAGAACAAAAUUAUGAUUUGGCUUUUGAUUUAUAUCAAAUGUCAGCCAAUGCUGAAAAUUCUAUGGGCCAAUAUUAUCUUGGGUGUUGUUAUCAAGAGGGAAUUGCAAUAACUAAAGAUGUACUUAAAGCAUUUGAAUUAUUUGACAAAUCAGCUAGGGCAGAUAAUAAAUUGGCACAAUGUAAAAUUGGUUUAUGUUAUCAAUAUGGUAAAGGAACUCCAAAAGAUGAAGAAAAAGCCUUUAUUUGGUAUCGGAAAUCGGCAGAAGCUGGUAAUAUUAUAGCUAAAAAUCAAUUAGCGUAUUGUUAUAGUACAGGAUUAGGUGUUAAAAAGGAUGAAACAAAAGCUUUUAAAUGGUUCAAAGAAUCUGCUGGGGGAGGACAUGUAUCAGCACAAUACAAUCUUGGAGUGUAUUAUAAUUUUGGUAUUGGAACCAAAACUGAUAAAGUGCAGGCAAAAUUGUGGUAUGAGAUUGCUAUUGAAGGUGGACACGAUGGUGCAAAAGAUAGAUUAAAAAAAUUAUUAUCGGUUAAGUAA